AUGCGGCCAUGGACUGGUUCCUGGCGUUGGAUUAUGCUCAUCCUCUUUGCUUGGGGAACUUUACUCUUUUAUAUUGGUGGACACCUGGUACGAGACAGUGAGCACCCAGAUCACUCUAGUCGCGAGUUAUCCAAGAUACUCGCUAAACUUGAACGUUUAAAGCAGCAAAAUGAAGACUUAAGGCGGAUGGCAGAAUCUCUCAGGAUACCAGAUGGCCCCAUUGAUCAGGGACCAGCUGCAGGAAAGGUACAUGCUUUAGAGGAGCAACUUUUAAAGGCCAAAGAACAGAUAGAAAACUAUAAGAAGCGGACAGGAGAUGGAAGCCUUGGAAAAGACCAUGAAAUAUUGAGGAGAAGGAUUGAAAAUGGAGCUAAGGAACUUUGGUUUUUCCUCCAGAGUGAACUGAAGAAGCUGAAAAAUCUAGAGGGAAGUGAACUGCAAAGACGCAUCGAUGAAUUUCUGUCUGAUUUGGGUCAUCAGGAAAGGUCAAUAAUGACCGACUUGUACUACCUCAGUCAAACAGAUGGAGCAGGAGAUUGGCGAGAAAAAGAAGCCAAAGAUCUAACAGAUUUGGUGCAGAGGAGAAUAACUUAUCUACAGAACCCGAAGGACUGCAGCAAAGCUAAGAAACUGGUGUGCAAUAUCAACAAAGGCUGUGGCUAUGGUUGCCAACUCCAUCAUGUCGUCUACUGCUUCAUGAUCGCGUACGGCACUCGGCGGACGCUCAUCCUGGAGUCUCAGAACUGGCGCUACGCUACCGGUGGCUGGGAGACUGUGUUUAGGCCUGUGAGCGAGACGUGUACUGACAGGUCAGGUGCCACCACUGGACACUGGUCAG